AUGUUGACAGAACCUAGUUUCGAUUUGUACCCAAACAAAAAGGCCGGUCUAGUGCUGGCUAACUUCUCAGGCGGCCAGGGAAAGUCCGGCGUGGAAGACGGCCCCAAGUACAUGCUGAGACAGGGCCUAAGGCAAGAUCUGCAGGAACUCGGCUGGACAACUUCCAUCGAGGAGCCACUCGCUAGCGACGACUACGAGAAGCGUAAGGAGACUGACACCUCCGACGUGUGGGGUAUCGUCAAGAGACCACAGCUUGUCGGUGAGGCCACCAAGCAAAUCUACGAAUCUGCGAAAAAAGUGCUGGAACGCGGUGAAAUGCCCGUGACCAUCGGCGGCGACCACUCUGUCGCCAUUGGGUCCAUCGCCGCGGUUUUCGAGAAGCACCCCGACGCGUGCGUACUGUGGAUCGACGCUCACGCAGACAUCAACACUCCAUCCACCACAGACUCCGGUAACCUGCACGGCUGCCCCGUCUCGUUUUUGAUGGGCCUCGACUCCGAGAACACACCUCCCUCCCUGCAGUGGGUGCCCAAGUGCGUGAAGCCCAACAAAAUUGCAUACAUCGGCCUACGUGACGUGGACGCAGGUGAGAAGCGCAUUCUGAGAGAGAACCACAUCCCAGCCUUCUCCAUGUACCACGUGGACCGUUUUGGCCUCAACCACGUGAUCGAGAUGGCCUUGCAGGCCAUCAACCCAGACGGUGACUGCCCAAUCCACCUGUCCUACGACGUCGAUGCCAUGGACCCCCUGUUUGUUCCUGCUACCGGAACUCCAGUCAGAGGUGGUCUGACGCUAAGAGAAGGUCUCUUUGUCGCCGAAAGAGUCGCUGAAACGGGUAAGUUGGUAGCUUUGGACGUUGUCGAAGUCAACCCAACACUCGCCGUUCACGACAUGCAUGUCCUAGACACCGUAUCAGCUGGCUGCGCCGUCGCUCGCUGUGCUUUGGGAGAGACUUUGCUGUAA